AUACCUAGAUACCAUCCAAAGUACCAACUAGAUUCACUUUUCUCCCAAAAAAUAUGCUGUCGAAGAAAGUUUGAGCAUUUUUACUGCGUCCCAAUAGGUAAUGACAUAUUGUCUGCAGACACAAAAUAAAAAAAAACGCACAUCAUUGUAAAAUCAAUACAGUCAUCCACUCAGAAUAUAAUAUUUUAUGAUUUACUUACGUGGGUUUCCAAUCUAUCAAAUAACAUAUUAUCAUAAUUAUAUAAAGUUUAUAUAAUUAACAACCGUCGUUUGCAUCCUGUUUCUUAGAAAAAUUGGUGAUUUCGAAUAGGAGACUGUAAGUUUGGUACAUAACGGUGGUAUUCAACGCGCUAUUAUAGGUAUGACAUUAUAAUAUUAUGUACCUACUGCUAAAGCUAUAUAGGAAUUGCGAAUUUGAUCGAUCAGGUGCAGUUCAAAUAAUUGAGGAAAAAACAACUUUAAAAUAUUUGAUGUGGAAAUUUAUUGAGAUAAAUUACAUACCUACAUAGUACAUAAUCUGCAACGAGCCAUGCGAUAAGCAGCCGUCAUGGUAUAAAAUACGUGGCAUUAUACGACUGUUAAUAAUAUAUGAUAAUAAUUUAUGUAGGUAGGUACCUACUAUUAUUUAAUUUAACUGUUUGUUGAAAUUUAUAUCAGAUUCAAAAACGAUAUUGGUGAACAUGCAGGAUGCAGUACCGGAAUUGUCGAAAAAUGGACCUAAUAAUUAACUUGAUUUUUACAUUGUUCAAAAUAAUAUCAGGUUUACGGUGUAUACCUAUACUAUAUUAGCUCCAAAAAUUAUUUUAAUCUGAAUUGCGGUAGAACAUUGAACUACGUUGACACUUAUAUCUGGUAAUAAUAGUGUAUACCAAACAUGAAGUGUUUACUAAUCAUUCUUAUUGUUUUUGUAAUUGUUGUUGAUUCGGAUACAAGUAAACGUCUGUUUUUACCACAAUUACCAAUUGGCGAAUACCGAGUUAAUGUAUUGGGAGUUAUACGCUGUGAUUCAAUCCAGUCGAAUGACCAAAUCAAAUUUAAUCUUUACUUAAGCAAAACGUCGGCCAACACUUCAGAAAUCAAAGGAAACAUUACCAAUAGCGUUCCAGUGGAUGACUCUCUUGAUGUUGAAAUCAAUAUGGCAGUAAAAGAUUCUAUCGGUGGUUGGAAGGAGAAUGCGCAUAUAUUUAAGAAAUCCAAAGCUUGCUCAUCAAUCAAAUCGUUCUUCGGUGACUCGUGGACUCAAAUAACGGAUAGCUUAGGAAUAUACAACGCCACUUGUCCUAUUCCCGCGGGACUUUAUAGAGGACCAGGCUUGAAUACUGAUGAACACUUAUUUUCCAAUUUUCCCAAGAAAUUUUUUUACGGAACAUACAAAAUGCGUGUUCAUUAUGAAAAAAAUAAUAUAGUCUAUGGCUGUAUAACUUUUGUUUUAGAGGUAAAACGGCCUUGGGAAACUGAUUAAACAUUAAAAUACAAUAAAAUUAUAGUUAAUUUAUUUAAUAUUGUUUACG